CCGCCGCCAUUGGCGCGCCGGAAGUGCGUGAACGGCGCCAAGCGGGAACGGAGCGGGCUCGGAGGAGCGGGGCCGCGGGAUGAGCAAAGGGCGCGAGGCCGCGGCGGGCGGAGGCGCCACCGCUGUCCUGCUGCGGUACCUGCGGGAGCAGAACCGCCCCUACAGCGCCCAGGAUGCCUUCGGGAACCUGCAGCGGGAGCACGGGCUGGGCAAGGCGGCCGUGGUGAAGGCGCUGGAGCAGCUGGCGCAGCAGGGCCGGGUGCGCGAGAAGGCCUACGGGAAGCAGAAGAUCUACUUCGCUGACCAGGAGCAGCUCCCGGCUGCCAGCGAUGCGGAGCUCCGCGGGCUGGACGGGGAAAUCGCCACACGCUCCGGCCAGCUGCAAGCGCUGCAGCAGAGCUGCCGGCACAUGGAGGCGGAGCUGAAGGACUUGAACAGCUCCAUGACGACCCCUGAGAUUGCCAGGGAGAUCGAGGCGCUGAAGAAGGACUGUGCCAGUUACACAGAGAAACUGGAGAGGAUUAAGUCUGCUACCAACCACGUGACUCCAGAGGAAAAAGAGAAGGUGUGCCGGGAGCAGCAGCUGUACCGCCGGGAGUGGCGCCGGAGGAAGCGGAUGGCCACCGAGCUGCUGGAUGCCAUCCUGGAGGGCUAUCCCAAGAGCAAGAAGCAAUUCUUUGAGGAGGUUGGGAUAGAGACGGAUGAGGACCACGGUGUCGUGAUGCCGGCGACCGUGUGAGGUGCUGGGGGAGCCUUUGUUCUGGGGAGAAGCUGCUGUGGAGCUGCCUCUGAAACUCGGCUGUUGGGUUGUUCUUUUUCUCUUUUUGCAGGACUGGGUCUUGUCCUGUGUAUUUAUUUGUUUUUGUUUUAAAAUGUUUUGCAGUUGGAAGGGUGGUGGGUGGGAGUAACUUGGCACUGGCCCUCUCCUUGCAGUGGAAUGUGGAUUUUCCUGCCCCCAGUGCACAGAGCUGCCUGGCUGGGGUCUGAUAUAUGGCUGAGGGGACAUGUAGGGGCACUGGUGCUGUGUCCCUGGUGUUCUGGUAAGGAAAGGGAGCGAGGGACCGUGUGGGCUGCAGAGCUCUGUGUUCUAGCUGCUUCUUGUGGUGUGCCCGAGUGGUCACAUGAGAAUACGAUCCAUUAAACACAAGGAUUUUGGUUCAGCUGCA